CUGUCACUGUGCUGUCUAUCGCAAAGUGGAGUGGGGAGCUCUGAUGUGAGAAUGCUGGGGGAUCCCACACCACUCUCUGCAGACAGGACGCUGCUUGUGGGCAGCCCCAAAUCUGGAUUUAGUUGCAAGAUGGUCCUGCAGGCAGUGGGCAGAGUGUUAAGAAAAUCAAAGACUAAGCCAAAUGGUAAGAAAGCGGUUUCUGAGGAGAAGAAGCUGUAUCUGGAACCAGAAUACGCCCGAGUCCGUGUCACAGACUUUGAAUUCAAGCAGCUAGUGACAUUACCUCUGGAAAUUGACCUCAACGAGUGGCUGGCCAACAACAUUACCACUUUCUUCAACCACAUUAACCUUCAGUACAGCACCAUCUCAGAGUUCUGCACAGGGGACACGUGCCAGACCAUGGCUGCCUGCAACACACAGUACUACUGGUAUGACGAACGGGGGAAGAAAAUAAAGUGCACGGCCCCUCAGUACAUUGACUGUGUCAUGAGUUCUGUACAAAAAUUGGUGACAGACGAGGACGUCUUCCCCACUAAAUACGGCAGGGAAUUUCCCAGCUCCUUCGAGUCCUUGGUAAAGAAGAUCUGCAGAUACCUAUUUCAUGUUAUUGCUCAUAUUUACUCGGCUCAUUUCAAGGAGAUUGUCGCCAUGGAGCUACACGGACACUUAAACACUCUCUUUAUUCACUUCCUGCUCUUUGUACGGGAGUUUAACCUACUGGACCCCAAGGAGACUGCAAUCCUGGAUGACCUGUCUGAGAUGCUCUUCUCCGAGGACAGCAGGGAAGCAGCAGGGGCUACAGGAGGGGCACAGAAUCACGUUAAGGAGAGAUGAGUCCCCCUCCCCAAAAAAUCCCACUUCCUCUCCUUCCACUGCCCCUCACAGCGUGCCCUGACUCCCCUAUAAAGAGCUGGCUAACUUUCCGGCUCAAAGCACAGGGGAAAUGAGGUUAUAGGAACUACGCUGCCAGUUUUGGAGGUGGGGAGGACCAUGCCUGUACUACCCCAGCCUGAAGGGAUGCAGACCUCGCUCUUAUCUUUAGCAGGACGUUGCACCGAGUAUCACCUUAUUUUAUUUGUGUCUUGAGAAUUUUUUUUUCUUAACAUUUCUUUUCUUUCCCCCCCCAACUCCUCUUCUCUUUGUUUUUGUCUUUUUUCCCCUUUCUUUUUAUGGGUGGCACUGCCGUUUCUGGCUUAAUUCUAUUAUCCUAUUAAGAGAAAAUAUUUGCAUUUUCUAUUUUAUUUUGCCGUGGCUUUUGAGGAAUGUUAAAAGCACCUGAGUGGGGUGAGAUAUGGGUGGGACGGGCUGCCAGAGCACAGAGGAGACUACAUGCAGUCUCCCAUCUUCACCACCUGCUGUGGACAUCAGCCAUUCCCAUCUCCCUUGUCAGGAGGAAUGCUGGGUGCUCGCCCCUUAUUGGGGUGGAAUGAUACUGUUGGCUUCUUUUAGUUUAUCUGUUAAAUAAUGAUAAUAAUAUUAAUAAUAAAACAGAUUCUAUCA